CCCCAUCAGGAGGAGAAGACCCCCACCCCCCCAUCAGGAGGACCAUGCUCGCCGCGUGCCUGGAGCCGCUCGGGCUCGCGCUCGGCUUCGCGGGCUCGCUGCUCGUGAUGGUCGCGUGCGCGCUCCCGAUGUGGAAGGUCACCGCGUUCAUCGACUCCAACAUCGUGGUGGCGCAGACGCUGUGGGACGGGCUGUGGAUGUCGUGCGUGGCGCAGAGCACGGGCCACGUGCAGUGCAAGGUGCACGAGUCCGUGCUGGCGCUCACGCGCGACCUGCAGACGGCGCGCGCGCUCACGGUGGUGGCCGCCGUGCUGGCCGUGGCCGCGCUCUCGGUGACGGUGGCCGGCGCGCAGUGCACCACCUGCAUCCGAGCGGAGGCGGUGAAGCGGCGCGUGGUGGGCGUCGGGGGCGCGCUGCACGCGGCCGGCGGGUUGUCGGUGCUCGUGCCGCUCUGCUGGAUGGCGCACGGCAUCAUCGUGGACUUCCACGACCCGCGCGUGCCGCCGUCCAAGAAGCGCGAGAUCGGGGCCGCGAUCUACAUCGGCUGGGCCGGGGCCGCGCUGCUGCUGCUCGGCGGCGCGCUGCUGUGCUGCUCCUUGGCCCGCGGCGCGCGGGGGGGCGCGCACACGUUCAAGUACGAGCCCGCCAAGGCCACCGCGUCCAGCGGGGCCUUCGACAAGAAGCACUACGUCUGAACCGGCUCGUGCACGUGGGACGUGCACGUGAAGUCUCACUGAGCGCGUGCACGUUGCUCCGAUUGACUGCAGAUCUUUGUAAAUCUCCCACCGAGCACCACGUGACCACACGCGCACGGUUUGGACUUCCUGUCUUUUGUUACUUUUAUAAUAAAGACAACAAAAC